AUGUCACUCUCCCUUUUCACCACCACCCUUUUCUUGCUCCUGUUGCUUCAAGAGGCAUCUUCCGCCAUACCUAUCAUCCCAGUUAACGCCACAUGUCACAACACAUGUGGCACAAUCCCAGUGAAAUACCCUUUUGGCACAGCCUUUGGCUGUGGCCACCCUGCAUUUUCUAGGUACAUAAAAUGUAACUUUGGCUCUCUUCAAUACACAACAAGGUCAGGCACUUACACAAUCACCUCAAUAGACUAUCCAACCAACACUGUCAUAGCCACAGACCCCUUCAUGUCAAACUGCUCCGAGAUGCAAAACUCUGGCAGCUUCACCUUGGACAAGACCAGCCCCUUCACACUGGCCAAGGAAAACAUCUUUGUUCUGCUUGGUUGCUCCACCACUUCACCUGUGUUUGACUCAACACAAGAUUUCUGUGACACGGGAUCUGGCUCUCGUGUUUGUAGAGGGCUUUAUUCAUGCAAAGGUGUCACGGGUCUUGGGUUGCCACAGAAUGCACCAACAUCUACUUGUUGUGUAUAUGAUUACCCUACGGGACUUGGUUUAGACUACAGUUUGGAUCUUCCAAAGCUGCAAUGCUCCUCUUAUACUUCAGUUUAUGAGUUUGGAGAUGAAGGGGACCCCAUGAAGUGGAAGUUUGGGGUGUCAUUACUGUAUAAUGAUUCUUAUUAUAGUGACAGUUGCAAGGAUUGUGAAGGCAGUGGAGGGUUGUGUGGCUUUGACAGUAUGGAUGAGUCUUUUGCUUGUUUUUGCAGAAAUGGGGCUAACACUACCACCAAUUGCUUUGGACAAGGAUAUGCUUGGAGUGGGACAUCUGGACUGAAAAUUCAAACCUUGUUGACUAUUGGAGGACUUUUGCUGUCAUGGAUUUUGCCAUUGGUCCAAUGCUGA